GUCUCUUAGCCCUAAACCUUGCUGCUCGUAGAAGAAGUUGUUCUUGUAGUAUAAUAGUGAGACAGAACACUUGGCUCCACACAUCACCGCGCUCAUCCGUCUCAUCCACUCGGUGCUGCUGGUUGAGCUGUGAUCCGUCGUCAUGGAGGAUUCAUCAGAGCAGUCCCACUGGGUGUCUCCGGCUCUUCUCAGCUCGGAUCCUCUGGCCGGUUUCUCCUCUGAACCCAGCCUUCUGCCUCCAGGAGAAGAUGGGGAGGCCUUCUUCUCCAGCUCGGACACGGACUACGCCGGCCUGCCCUCCUUCUUCUCCAACCUAAACCACAGCCGGGCGCCACCCACCUACAGACACAGCUCGGUACGACAGGUGUUCCCCUCACCCAGCCUCCUCAGCAACCUCCAGCUCCUGGAUGGGCCAGGCGGCCACUCCCUGAACUUACCCUACAACCACCCGGCCUCCACCUGGAGCAGCGGCCCCCUCGCCAAGGCCCCGCUGCACUCGCACACCCCAACCUCCCUCUACAACCCCUGCGUCACCCCCUCCUUCACCACCUCGAGAGACGGAUACUUGUCUCCGAGUAGAGAGAGCAGGGAGAGCCCCGGGCUGCAGGAGGCCCUGAAGGCCGAGCGCCUCAGCCCGCUCGGGGGGUCAGGGGCCAGCAGCAGUUUUCUGAAUCUGACUCCCGCAACCGGGAGUGUGUACACUCCGUCGUCUCACUGCCACACCCACCUGCUGAGCCCCUACAGCUCGUACAUGACAGCGCAACAAGAGUACAACUCUGCAUCCCUUUACUCCAGCCCCGGAGCAUGGAUCAGCCCCUCGUUCUCCCCAAAGGGCCGCAGCAAGAUGAGGAUUUCCACUCCAGAGGCCCGAGAGUGUGUUAACUGUGGAGCCACGGCCACCCCUCUGUGGCGUCGGGACGGCACAGGCCACUACUUGUGUAACGCCUGCGGACUCUACCACAAGAUGAAUGGGCAAAACAGGCCGCUAAUCCGUCCCAAGAAGAGACUGAUUGUCAGCAAGCGGGCGGGCACAGUGUGUGCCAACUGUCACACGAGCACAACAACACUGUGGCGGCGCAACACCAACGGAGAGCCGGUGUGUAACGCCUGCGGACUCUACUUCAAACUGCACAAUGUCAACCGGCCCCUCGCCAUGAAGAAGGACAGCAUUCAAACCCGCAACAGAAAAGUGUCCAACAAGAACAAGAAGACCAAGAAGGCCGCCAUGUUCGAGCCGUACUCGGACAUGAGUCAGCCUCCCUCCAUGGACGACAACUGCGGGCCCUUCUCCCUGGGCUCCGGGACCCUCCUGACCUACAGCCACACGCAGCACCUCAUACCGCCGCCCUCCCCCCUGCACGCCGCCGCCUCCUUACAAUACACACACCACCUCAACACCGGCAUGAUGCCCGCGCUGGUGUGAAAGAGGCACCAGCAAGGGGCGUGUAUUUUUCAGGAUCAACAGCUCGCUCGCCAGUUAAUUGUGUGAAUUUGUAAAUAUGUGGACGACAUCUGUUUUCUGUUUGGUUUUCACUGUAUUUCAUUGAUAUUAUCUGAUCACGUGGGUUAUGUUUGAAGUCAGAUAUCAUCUCUUUACAGAGGUGACAGCACGCGUGAACACACUGAUGGGGGAUUGUUUCAGCUGUGAAUGUAAGCAUUAAGUCUCUUCCCUUGUCAUGUGCUCAGGUUUUGUUACCGUCUGUUUCGUUUUUGCCAAAUAUUCCCAUAUCAAAAAAUCUACCAAGGAAAUAAUAAAUAUGUUGGAUGGA